AUGAAGACAUCCAUGUCCCAGAAUCGCCAGAAAUGCGAAGUCAUCGCCACCACUAUCGACGAGCACAUCGCGGCCCUGCAAGCACUGCGCAACAAGUUCGUCCUCCUCCGUGCCUCGACUGCCAUCAGCGACUUUAUCCAGGAGGCCACGGAGGGUCUCGCCCGGCUGGGUACUGAACCGGCCAACUCGAUGCCCACGCAGGCUGCGGCGCAGGAGAUGUUCAUCGGCCAUCCGCAUACGCAGCGGCAUAUUCGCAUGCGCCAUGAGCACCACUUUGUGCGGGAGUCGGAGAAGCUUGUCGAUCUGCUCGUGGGAUUCUUGGGCGAGUGCCAGCAGGUCCGGGGCGGCGAAGCCGGGACGUGGCAGUUUGUGCCCGGGCCGAGUAUAUCGGCAAACAGUAGUUUGAGAGAGGAUAAGGGCAAGCAGCCAGUUGCUGAGAGGUCGGCGGCUCAAGCUCCGAAGCAGACGGCCAUGUCAUCCGAGCCAUCGCGCGCUGCCGGACUUGCGAAGACAAUUGACGAGGCGGAGAUCAAGGCUAUGGGCAGGAUCACCCUGGGUGACUGGAUAGACGCGAGCAUGGCGGGGUUAGAUGAAAGUCUGGGAACGACUCCGCUUGCUGGAGAUGGCGAAGAUGUCGAGAUCAUGGACACCGAGGUUUGA